AUGACAAAUAAUUGUGUUUCCAAUGAGGAAAUCUUCUCGUCAAGUAGUAUUUAUAAAUACUUCACCCCUGAGGAUAGAGUUCAGUUCCUAAAACCAUUGCAAGAAAUUAAUGAUUUGGAAGAUGAUUCUGAUGAAAUUUAUGCAUCUGGUCUAAUAAAGCGUUACACAAAACGACCAGCCAAACUUGAAAAUGUGUCCCUUGCAGAUUGGGCUGCAUGGUACAACUCCACUGGUAAGCCAUAUAUCAAACCAUCAUGUGAAUUCGAUAUUGAUAAUUAUUUUUCACCCUGCUCGGUUUCCUUUGUUCUUGUCGGGGAAUAUAUUCAAUACUCUCCUCUAAUCAAUUUCCGUUUAAUAAUCCCCUCUAAUAUUCACCUGCAAUUAAAAUGGCAUUAAGAAUUAUUUCUUUUCUGACUCAUUAACGCGACCUCGCAGUGUGAAAAAUAAUUUGAGGCACCUCGGGGAUAUUUGAGGCACCUCUGGGAUAUUUGAGGCACCUCGGGGAUAUGUGUUUAUUCACCUCGGCGCUGCGCGCCUCGGUGAAUAAAUCACAUAUCCCCUUGUUGCCUCAAAAUAACCUAUACUUAUCCACUUGAGACAAACUUGAGUGAUAAUGAUGAUAAUAAUGAGGAAGAAAGCAAACAAAAGAAUAAAAAAAGUGUCUGUUUUAACAAGGAAGUUGAUUCUGAAAAGCAUUACCGUGAACUAAGCAUGUUAUUCACUUCAUGGAGGGAUGAAAUAACUGAUUUAUUAGGAAAUUGUGCUUCUUACCAAGAACACUAUUUUCAAGUUAAAAAUACAAUAGAUGAGCAAAUGAAAUGUUAUGCUAUGUGCAGUGAAGACCUGAAUGCGAUUCAAGACCAGCUUAAUAAGGCAUAAAAAAAAUACUUGUGGUUCCGGUUCCCGACCGACCCUAUUUUUUUCUGCCGACCCUAUUAUUUUUUUCAACGCAAUUGACCGUGCAACCCUAAUUUCUCCAGGUGGUUGUGGGCUGCUCAUACAGCAUGCCAAAAUGGCGACUGUUGUCACACUAAUUAUCGAACCAAAUUGCCUAGAUUCGUCCAUAGGAAAUACGCAUCACACAUCUCUAGUUAAUAUUGAUGUCAGGACUCUACUGCAAAUUGCCCAGCAAAAACCAUGAAAAAAAUAUUCAAAAAAGAUUUAUUUCCGACCUAACGACCCUAAUUUUUUCACGAUAUGAAACCGGAACCACAGGUAUUUGUUUUUACGCCUAAUGUGGAAGAUAGUGAUGAAAACUAUGACCUGACUGCCUCAGGAACACAAAACAUUGAGCGUCAAGAUGAAGAUGAAGGUGCACAAGACCAUCCAGAAUUCAAUGAAAACUAUGACCUAUCUGGUGAUCUUGGAAUUCCUUCAGCUGCAUCUAAUACUGAGCAUCUUCUGAUAUUGCAUGAACAACAGGAUGAUGUUUACAGAGGAAUGGUACAAAAAUUAAACAGAGAACAAAAAGAGUUUUUCUUCCAUGUUUUACAUCUUAUUAAAACUUCUGACAAUCCAUUCUACUGUUUUCUAAGUGGAGGAGCAGGAGUUGGCAAGUCCAUCUCACUAAGUGUCUUUAUCAAGCAGCAUUGA